AUGGAAGUUUGUUGUGAUGAACUUGAUCAGUGUAAUGCUAUAACGUGGGAUGCCGUGGCAAAUCUUGUAGUUACUGUAGAACAACGGUGGUCUAUGUUUACCAAAUCAAACUCACUUUGUUGUUUGCUCAUACAAUUCUACGCUACUAUCAUUGCGGCAGAACUUCCAGUACCAUUAUCAUCUUCAUCUUCUAGUGUACUUAAAACUGAUGCCUCAUUAUUAAAAGAAAGGUGUUUGCCAUUUAUAAAUGAUGCUACAGAUAUUUUAAUUGAUACCUUGAAAACUGAUGUACCUCUUACUUGGAAUGCUUCAGAGUUACAAGGAAUGUGUAGAGCAGUACGACAAUUAAAUCGUUUUGAAGAGACUAGAAAUUUAUAUCAAACAAGUUUUUAUGGACGGAAAAGGUUUUGGAAACGUUCACCAGUAUCAUCUUUAUUACCAGUGACAACAAAAACAACGACA